CCUGCAAAAUCGCUGUCUGGAAUCGAAUAUGGUAAUUGUUCACUCUCCAACUUCAACGACUGCUAGUUAAUUUUUGUUAGGAAUACAGAAAGAGAGCUUUCCAAUUGCUGAUAUGCUCCGAUGAGCCGUGUCGUGCAAAUGCGCACAAACUGUUCGACAAAAUGAAAAUCCGCUCUGGCAUCAGAAUUGCAGCAGUGGUCACAGUUGAAAUGCCUCUGAGAAACUUGUUUAAUUAUAUUUGCAAUUCUAUGCCCAAAAAGAAAGAAAAGAGGGCAUAAAAGAAAGGAUAUAAAGGAGAUGGGCUUCGAAAGAGAAGGCACACGUUGUUCCAUGAUGAUGCAGACAUGUUGUGGACCAUAGAGUUGGAUAUACAAGAGCUGUUUAUGGACAUAAAAUUUCUGCAAAGGCAUUCGUUUUACCUUUCACUCAGUGAGUAACCUCUCUCUCUCUAAGAUAAUCUUUUCAAGCGGUGGAAGAUAUGGUAAAGUAACUCCCGAGUCGAGUCGGUAGACCCAGUUGUAUGUGGCUGUCACACACAGUAUCUUAAAUAGACUUCCAAGCCCCCCAGACUCUCAGUAUUUGAUGUUCCGAAAAUAAAGUUUCAAAGUUUGUUUCUUCACACUGAUCGAGGAAUGUCGAAAUUGGGCGGUAAAUCUUUGUAUUGGUCCUUCUCCAUUGAAGCUCUUAGGGAUCAAUGAAAAAAUGAAACUCUUUUCCUCUCAGAAAGUUUUGAAGAGAUGGAUCGCAAAGGGAGGACAAGGCUGCAGUCUAUGAGAGCACCCACGAAGCAUGAAAAAGGAAACGUAGAUAUGCCGGAGGGGAGUCGAACUAAUGCGGCAAAAGCAACCACGAGUGGACGGGUUUCAAGCAGAGAGAGAAAAGUAGCUUUACAACAAGACGUUGACAAGCUGAAGAAGAAGCUCCGACACGAAGAGAAUGUGGGUCGAGCUUUGAAGAGAGCUUUCACCAGACCUCUGGGAGCUUUACCGCGCCUCCCUCCUUUCCUUCCUCCCAAUAUGCUAGAACUUCUUGCCGAAGUGGCUGUCCUUGAAGAGGAAGUGGUGCGGCUUGAAGAGCUGGUUGUGCAUUUCAGGCAGGACCUGUAUCAGGAAGCUGUCAACAUUUCGUCCUCCAAGAAGAACAUGGAGGUUUCCCCGAAAAACAAUUCUAAGCAAGUUCAAUCGAAACUUUCAGUUCAGAGAAUUGAUAAUGGUCUGGGAGAGGAAAAUGAAUCACGUACAAAUUCGACGAGUAACAACAAGGGAUCCUCUCUCCAGAAAACCCAUACGAUAAGGAAUCCAGUAAAGAAACAUCAAGUUCAUCAUAAAUCAUCAGAGAAACCAGAUCCUCCAAAAUUACAUUUAGAAAACAGAGUAACAAAUCUAGAAAAUGCUGAAGCAAGACAACAACGCGCUUCAGGUGACAAGGUAGCUGGUGAUGAAAGUCCAAACAAUAUUUCUGAAAAUAUUUUGAAAUGCUUAUCAAGCAUUUUAUUGAGAAUGAGUUCAACCAAGAACAGAGGUGCUACAGAAAGCUUGCAUCUCUUCUCAAUUGUAACUACCCUACAGAACGAAGAAACAGAUUUUCGGGAUCCUUAUGAUAUAUGUUCAGAAUUUGGAAUGCAAGACAUUGGUCCAUAUAAGAAUGUAAGUACAGUCGAAGCUAGUUCGAUCAAUACAAAGCGGACAACAAACUCUUUGUUUCUAUUUCAAAGAUUGAAACUCCUCCUGGGAAAACUUGCUUCUGUCAACUUGCAACGUCUCACGCAUCAGGAAAAACUUGCUUUUUGGAUCAACAUCUACAACUCCUGCAUGAUAAAUGCGUUCCUGGAACAUGGAAUACCGGAGAAUCCCGAUAUGGUUGUUGCAUUGAUGCAGAAGGCAACAAUUAAUGUGAGCGGACACUUGUUAAAUGCCAUAACCAUCGAGCAUUUCAUCUUGAGACUGCCUUAUCAUUCACAAUAUGCUUUCUCAAAGAGCCCAAAAUAUGAUGAGAAGACAUUUAGAAGUAUUUUUGGCUUGGAGUUAUCAGAACCAUUGGUUACGUUUGCACUAUCAUGUGGAAGCUGGUCUUCCCCUGCUGUGAGAGUAUACACAGCAUCCCAGGUAGAGAACGAGCUAGAAAUAGCAAAACGAGAGUAUUUACAAGCCGCAGUUGGAAUUUCAUCAGUGAAGUUUGGAAUCCCAAAGCUGUUGGAUUGGUAUUUGCUAGACUUUGCCAAAGACUUGGACUCCUUGGUGGACUGGGUGUGCCUUCAACUACCAAGUGAAUUAGGAAAAGAAGCAAUUAAGUUGAUGGAGAGAAGAAGGAACCAGCCUCUUUCUCAGUUUGUUAAAGUAAUACCUUAUGAGUUUAGUUUUAGAUACCUUCUCUGCACAUAAUGACCCAUAGUUCAGAUGGUUUUUGUUUUGUGAAUGGUUUCUGGAGCAAUGGUUAAGAAUUAGUAGUACACUGUAUGAUAGCUAUAAAGAAUAUAGAUUUAAUGUACAAUAAAUGUAUGCAACAGUAACAGCUCUGCAGUUUGAGGAAUUUAAGCACCCCAUUUUUAACAGCUGUCUGGUAUUGUUAAUAGAGACUCAUCAAAGCAAA